AUGGUGAACGGCUCUGAGAAUAUCAGCAGUGUCGCCGCAAUCUUUGCAGCGACUGCCUUCCGAGUCUCCGCUAAUGCCGCACCUUUUGUGCUUGCAUUGCUCACGUUUGUCCUAGUCAAGCAGCAUGUACAGAGGAGAAGAAUGCCCCCGGGCCCCCGUGGUCUCCCCUUUAUCGGUAACAAGCAUCAGGUGCCUUCAAUAAAGCCAUGGCGCCAGUUCGCGGAGUGGAACAAACAAUAUGGGCCAGUGGUGUCUCUUUACUUGGGCAGCACUCCUGUGAUUGUCCUUGGCACUGCGCAAGCCGCUUGGGACCUGCUGGAGAAACGGUCUGAUAUCUACUCAAGCCGACCGCGCUUUGUCGUCGCAGGCGAGAUCCUGUCUGAUAAUAAGCGAGGUCUGAUGCUUCCGAAUGGGGAGCCGUGGCGUAAAUGGCGCAAGGUACUCCAUACUGGAUUCCAUUCACGACGAGCGGACACGUACAACGAGAUCCAGUCGCUGGAAUCGACCGUGCUGUUACACCAGCUCCUUACCGAGCCACAGGAUUGGGAGCGCCACCUACAAAGGUUUGCUGCGAGCGUCGCUACCUCUGUGACUUAUGGCCGUCGGGUGGAGAGCGUGGAUGAAUGGAUAGUGAAGGAAAAUAUGUCAGCCAUGGAUUCGUCAAGUGAGAGCACGAGCAUCGCAAGCGGUGAGACUGUACUCACCACCCUUCCCCUCAGCAUCCCAGGAAAAUACCUCGUCGAGUCUUGGCCAUGGCUAAUGAAGCUUCCUAGAUCUAUGCAGUGGUUUAGGAGAGAACCCGAAGAUCGCCGGCAACGAGAUAUCAAACUACUCACGCAUCUAGUCGACGACGUCAAGAAGCGAAUGGCCGAUGGUACCACUCCUGACUGCCUCACGUCGCAAACUGUCACGAAUCAAUCCAAGAACGGGAUGUCGGAUUUGGAGAUAGCGUAUGCCGUCUCCUCUCCAUUCGGUGCUGGUAUCGAGACAACCUCAGGAACGCUAUGCGUUUUCUUCCUCGCCAUGUUGCAUUUUCCAGAGGUGAUGAAGAAGGCUCAAGAUGAACUGGACAAAGUCGUCGGGCCCGAUCGCCUGCCAGGGUUCGAGGACCGUGAUCGUCUCCCAUACCUGCAUGCGCUCAUGAACGAAACGCUACGAUGGCGUCCUAUCGCCGUCCUUGGCGGAACGCCGCAUGCUGUCAUAGCAGAUGAUGAGUACAAUGGGAUGUACAUCCCCAAAGGCUCCACCGUCUUUGGGAACCUUGCAGGUAUCAUGCAUGACCCCGUCAUGUUUCCUUACCCAGACGACUUUCGGCCGGAGCGGUUCUUGGUAACAACCGAUCCGCGCCUGCAAGAUUUCGAUCUCCCCUUCGGCUUCGGGAGGCGGAUAUGCGUGGGGAUGCAUCUCGCGAAGAACUCGCUCUUCAUCACCAUGUCGCGGAUCCUGUGGGCAUUCGACAUCCUUCCAGCCGUCGGAGGAGAUGGCAGGCCAAUUCUACCCGACCCGUGGAACUUCACGAAUGGAUUCAACUCGAAGCCCGUGAGCUUCCCGUGCGCGUUGAGAUGCAGAAGUCCCAAGGUCACUGAGUGCAUCGAGCGGGAGUGGGACGCAGCGAAGGAGAGGCUUGGUCGAUGGCAGUAG